ACCCAUCUCUACAGUAACAAUCAUGUCGAGUGAUUCUCUCAUUCACGCUCUGGCUGGCUCCCUCGGUGGAAUAGUCGCAAUGACGGCGACAUACCCCUUGAUCUUCCUAUCUACCAGAGCAGCUGUAGAGACAAGCAAGGAGCAGAAGUCUACUUACCAAGCCGUCCUCGACAUAAUCAAACGCGAAGGCAUCACAGGCCUGUAUAGCGGCCUCAACUCUAGCUUACUUGGAAUUGCUAUAACAAAUGGAGUUUAUUAUUUCUUCUACGAACGGAGCCGCGCCAUUAUAUUGAAGGCACGCACAGGAAGCAAAGCCUUAUCAACACCGGAGUCAAUAUUGAUUGGUCUCAUAGCCGGUUCGGCGACUACAAUCAUAAGUAAUCCAAUCUGGGUCAUCCAAACAUCCCAGAGCGUCCAGACGAUGUCGCCAUCUGCCAGUCAAUCAAGCUUGGAUCGUUCCCCGUCUGACCGUUCAAAAGUCAGCGUCAAGAAGCUCGGAUUUGUAGAGACUAUAGACCACAUUCUGCGGAAGGGUGGUAUCCAAGAAUUCUGGAGAGGAAUCGGGCCCGCGCUAGUACUCGUCAUUAACCCAGUACUACAAUACACCGUCUUCGAACAGCUGAAGAACUUGCUCAUCAAAAGACGCACUGCUCGGCUUAGGGCUGCUGGGAGCAAGACAGCAGUAGCUGUAUUAACUGACCUUGACUUCUUCUGGCUUGGUGCACUUUCAAAACUCGUCGCCACGAGUCUAACUUAUCCAUACAUCGUAAUUAAAUCACGUCUACAAGCCGGCUCAGCCUCCGCAGCACGAUACAAGUCUUCUCUCGACGGAAUACUCACCGUCAUCCGCGAAGAAGGCGUCGCGGGACUGUACAAGGGCAUCAACAGCAAGCUCGUCCAGAGUGUGCUUACUGCUGCGAUUCUGUUCGCUGGUCAACGUCGGAUAUACGAGAUUGUCAAAAAGACAUUAGAUACGGUAGCUGUAGCAACAGUGUGAUUAUCUGCUCUAGAACUCUUGAAGCACGUGUGUAGUGCCUUUGGCUACAGUGUCACCUGCUUGUAUACACAUUAGAGGUCAGGAAGUGAUUGCUUCAGUCUA